AUGGUAGAAAUCUACGGUCUUGUCGGCCCAUUUAUCGUUGGCCCAAAUGGAACUUACAUUGGUAUUGGUGGCUUAGUUUCGGUUCUGCUUAUUGCAGCAAAACAUGCCAUUGGCAUUAUCCUCUUGUUUCCUUUCCUCCUUUGUCGUUGUCGUCGGAGGCAUUUAUCGAGGCAUGAUACAAUAGAAGAUUUCCAACAAGCAAACAACAACCUCAUGCCCAUUAGGUACUCAUACAAAGAAAUAAAGACAAUGACAAACAAUUUUGAGGAGAAACUAGGUGAAGGAGGCUAUGGUUUGGUUUACAAAGGCAAAUUGCGUAGUGGUCACAUAGUUGCUAUCAAGAUGCUGAACAAAUCAAAAGCUAAUGGCCAAGAAUUCAUCAAUGAAGUUGCAGCUAUUGGAAGAAUACACCAUGUGAACGUGGUUCGGUUAGUGGGAUUUUGUGUUACUGCCUCAAAACAUGCUCUAGUGUAUGAUUACAUGCCAAAUGGCUCUCUGGACAAGUUAAUUUUCUCAAAUUUUUUGGACUUUGGACUUGCAAAACUUUACCCGAUGCAAAAGAGUAUUGCAACUCUUACUACUGCGAGAGGAACUUUAGGUUACAUGACCCCGGAGUUGUUCUACAAAAAGAUUGGAAGAGUCUCACACAAGACAGACGUUUACAGCUAUGAAAUGUUAAUAAUGGAGAUGGCUGGGAGGAGGAGAAAUGUGGAUGCUCAUGCUGAGCAUUCUAGUCAAAUAUACUUCCCUUCAUGGAUAUAUGACAAAUUCAAUCAAGUGGAGGAAAUGGAAAUCGGAGAUCAUGCAACUGAAGAAGAAAAGACAAUUACACGAAAAUUAAUUUUGAUUGCCUUGUGGUGCAUACAGAUGACACCUGAGGAUCGUUCUUCAAUGAGAGAAGUUUUAGAAAUGCUUGAAGGUGAUGCUAGUGAUCUAAAGUUGCCUCCUAAACCAUUGUUUUACCCUGUGGAUUCACCCAUAUCCAUGCAAAGAAACAACAAUAGUAGUUCUCCUGAUGAGUCAACGGCACCCCUGUGUAGCUCUGUGUCUUUAGAAAUAGAGCAGAUGGAAGACUAA